AUGAAUCUAUUCAAUCUCUUGCCAUUUAACAAGUAAAUCACUGACAGUCACAAUGCUGAUAUACAAAAUCUGAAUUCCGUUUAAAUCAUUGAUUCAGUUACACAAUAACUUCGAAACAAUAUUAGAAGUAACUCUAAAUCCAACUCCAAAAUUAUAUUAUAACAGUUAUUUUCAAACCAGAAGAACUAAAAUACUAGCAACGAUUAGGAACAACAAACCAUAUUAAAUUACACCGAUGUUGACUACGUAGAAUAACAAAAUCAAGAAUUAAGAGUACUUAUUGAUAGAACCAUCAGUAAUAUGAGGAUAAGUUAAAGUAAUCUAUAAUCAAAUACAAAGAAGCUAAAUUGA